AUGGACCUAGCAUUGCCAGUCCCAAGGUCUAAAAGCCAGUUCCAAAAGCCAGAAACACCAGUGGAGCGCUACAUCUGGUGCGGUGAACGACUCGCUGAAGAAGAUCCGACCCGCUAUUGGCGACUCAGACUCCUUCAGCUUGACAAGUUCGUGAUCAGAAAAGGACUUACCGAGCACUGUCUCUCAUGGAUCAUCACCCAUUUAGGAUUGACCGAGGAGAACAUUAGCACACCGCGAAUUGCCCGUGGGGUACUCCAUCUAUCACCCAUUGACACACCGAGGCAGCGGCGGCGCCAAACCCGAUGGCGACCGACACCCACUCGACGGAGGUCGCGGUAA